AUGACCGACGUCUCUCCAGCGACAGAGCAGCCAUCUGCUGAUAAGAGUUCCAACCCUCUUGGUACUCCACACCCAGACUCGGCUCCUACAACCGAGGCGUCUUCAACUUCAGUUAAGCGCAAAGUUGACGAUUUAGGUCCGAUGGAAGCAAAGUUAGAUGCUAGAGAUGACAAACGACGCAAAGGGACAGCACCAAUCAAGGAAGAGUAUCUUGUAAAGUCAAACGAUGGUGUCGAACCAAGACCUCCUCAAGACGAAGCUGAUGAUGAUGCUGCCGAGGCCUUUCACCACAAAGACAGGCAGACAGGCGGCCACAAUGCCAAAUCCAAACGUCGCGAGAAGAAGACUGGCCAAAACAAGGCCCGAGACUUCGGCAGCUCCAGGGACGAAGUAGGGCUCUGCACCUCCCGCGCACACAGACCUGAAUUUUCUCCAGAAGAUUGCAAAUACGGAGACAAGUGCAAAUUCGAACAUGACCUGCGGAAGUACCUGGAGCAUAAGCGGCAGGAUUUGACCACUUUCAACGGUGUUUGUCCUGUAUGGCAGACGAAGGGAAGGUGUCCCGUCGGGUGGAAGUGCCGUUUCGUGGGGUCUCAUUCAAAGGAGGUCGAACAUGACGACGGACGACGAGAACUAGUCCUGCUGCAGGACGAGUCACGAAUGGCCGAAUACGCUGCAACGUCAGUAGAAGAAGAGGGAGCGGGAGUGGCCAACGCCAUCGGUGUACAGCAACGAUUUGAUCUCACCAAGCGAAAGGUUGGAACGCCCAAGUCCGAUCAGGUCUUGAAGUGGCUCGAUGCUCAAGCUCAAGCUCAAGCUCAGGGGCAGAAGCAGCGGGUCGAUGGUGGUCGACCGGAUCGGAGCCAUCGCAACUCUUCCUCUCCCGAACCCGACCCAGAACAAGGCACCGUGAACGGUCACAGGAAGCUAGAUUCACGUGCUACAUUCGUCGAUCCUCCUCUUCGACCUUCCGAGAAGCGCAGAUUGUACUUUGGAGCCGAGACGCCUGUCCUCGCUCCUCUGACAACGCAGGGAAACCUCCCCUUUCGGCGGCUAUGUACCUCUUUUGGAGCCACCUUCACGUAUUCAGAAAUGGCAAUGUCGUUGCCUCUGAUUCAAGGUCAAAAGUCCGAGUGGGCACUGAUCAAAGCCCACGAAUCCGAAGUGCAGCCACCGACCUUUUCUCUCAAGGGUGGAAAGAACAUUGUCUAUGACUAUGAUCAAAGCAAAGAUCUCUGCUUCGGUGCCCAGAUCGCAGCAAACAAGCCAUGGCUUGCAAUCAAAGCUACCGAAAUAUUGACAACUCUCCUUCCAAAGGGCCUCCGUGUGGUUGACCUCAACGUGGGUUGCCCCAUCGACUUGGUUUUUCGCGAUGGCGCCGGCUCAGCACUCAUGGACACGGCGCCCAAGUUGGAAAAAAUGCUUCGAGGGAUGAACCUCGUGUCCGGUGAGACCCCUGUCACCGUCAAGAUUCGUACGGGUACAAAAGACAAGCAUCCCACGGCGCAAAAGCUGGUGGAGAGACUUGUCCUAGGUGCGGGUCAGACUGCGGGCCACCCUUGCGGAGUAGCGGCGAUCACUCUUCACGGUAGAACAAGACAGCAAAGAUAUACCCGUUCGGCGGAUUGGGACUACAUCGCAGAGACGGCGACCCUCAUCCAGAAUUUCAACGAGAAAGCAGACAGCGUAGCGGACACGAUUCAUGAACCGGACGAGCGAGAUAUGCCGAACGGCCACAAAGGUUCGAAACAUGGCAAGGUAUUCUUUGUCGGAAAUGGGGACGUUUACUCUCAUGAACAUUAUUACGACCAUAUUGAACACGCAAAGGUCGAUGGUGUGAUGGCUGCCAGAGGAGCUCUGAUCAAGCCGUGGCUUUUCGAAGAAAUCGCGGCGGGCCAGUAUAUAGACAAGUCUUCAUCGGAACGACUUCAAAUCAUCGAGAAAUUCUGCCGGUAUGGUCUGGAGGCAUGGGGAAGUGACGAGAUCGGAGUCGGACAGACUCGAAGGUUUCUGCUCGAAUGGCUCAGUUUUGCUUGCCGCUAUGUCCCCGUCGGGUUGCUUGAGUAUCUGCCUCCGAACAUCCAGCACCGACCCCCUCGAUACAAGGGAAGAGACGAGCUGGAGACCCUAAUGGCUAGCGACAACUACUUGGACUGGAUCAAACUCAGCGAGAUGUUCCUCGGUCCUGCCCACAAGGAUUUCCAGUUCGUGCCGAAGCACAAGUCCAACGCAUACGAAAUGCAGGCGGAAGGAUGA